AUGUCAGCACUAAGUUUGCGAAACGAACGACCAGACGACGUGUCACGCCGCGCCAGGUGGCCUUGGCAAGUACACAAGAUGAACUUGGAUUUGUUGUGGGAGCACGAGAAGCGACGCGUGGCGGACGGAGGGGGGGCGUUGAUGUCGUCUAUGGCGUCUGUGACAGACUCGGACGUCGGUGACAUUGAACUCACCAAGAAGACCAAACCGACGCUAUUGAAGUUUAAAAAGCUCGGCCCAGCGGGCGCUCAGACCAGCUUCCUCGACAGUAAUCAAUGCAUUCCACACUUGUGUACCGACGACACGAUCUUUGAACGAAGCGGAUACGCCCUCGACUACGAAGGGCAUAUGAACAAACGGCUCAACCAACCGCCGCCCAGCUACCACACCACCACAUCGCCAUCCGCGGGCGGCGUUCCGACGUCCAUCAAUUCCCACACAAGUAGCCAUGCGACGCACCAGAGUAGUACCGACGAGUCCAACAAAAAGCGCGCGAUAGACGCCUCCAAGAGGAAACCAUCGACGCCACUCAAAGCCGUCUCCGUCAUCGCGGCAACAGCCACGACGACUGCUCCAACUGGCGCAUCUUCACCGCUCCCGGCUCGGCACGACAAACUCUCGCUCAACUCACUCCUCAAAACCGCCCACACGACGGCGCAGCAACCUACGCACCAGCGCACCGAGGUGGAUCCGACAUCCAAUGCUCCUCCCAAGGCGUCGGCAGAGCGCACGAUCCAGCGGUACGUGGGGGAUUACUUUUCUACCCGCGGUGAAUACGUCGAUGGAAUGCUGUACAUGUCCCGCAUGAAAAAGAGUCAUGUGAUUCUGUACGGCUCGACCCCUUUGUCAUCAUCCCAUGUCGGAGCCUCUUUGUCCGCUGCCGGGCCCCCAGUCCAAGCGCUGGAUGGUGUCAAGUUGAAGGAAACCCUCGCGUCAGCAGCCUUGGCGACCGACAAGGCCGAUGGCAACAACGAUAACGACGUACCUGCCUUGUCGUCCCCUGUCUCGACCACCGUCGGGGGCGCGUCCGUGAAAUCCACACAAGCCCAACGGUGCGCGUCCACGCUGGCCAACUGGAGCUCCAACCCGGCGAACGCAAGGGUGAUGGUCCAGGAGGGGGUCGUGCAGGCCGUGAUGGUACUGAGCCGAAACGACGACGUGGCCACGCGCAUCCACUGUGUCACGACGUUCAUGAACCUGUCCAACGUGUCCGAGCUGCGACAGGGGAUCAUCCAGCUCGGCGCCGUCAAGACCCUCGUCGCAGUCUUGAGCGGGUGUGACGACCGCACGCUACAGACCGCGUGCGCGCUGACGCUGUGCAACUUGUGCUGCCUGGCGGGGGAAGAGGUGACUCUGGUCGCAGACAGCGCCGUCGGAGCGCUCAUGGCGCUGAUGAAUGACGCGCCGGGCGUGGCCGCGAUUUCGGAGCGCGCACUUUUCAACUUGACAUGCGUGGCCGAGCCGUACGCGCAGAUUGACGUCGUGGUUAAAGCGCUCGUGUCCCUCGCGUCGUCGUCGUCCAUGAUGAUGGCCUCGGGGGGCGGUGGCAGUACGAGUGGAGCCAUGUCCGGCAUGGGCAACGCCGUGGUGCGGGAACGAACGCUGCACAUGUGCGCGAUGGCGUUCGUGAACUUGAGCAACAUGAAGCGCGUCCGGUCGAGGUUGAUGGAGGAGGGCAUUGUGCCGGCCAUCUCGGCGCUGCUGCGGUCGCAUAGCUUGGAUGUCAAACACUGGGCCGCGUACGUGCUGUGCAACAUCGCGUCGAUGCGGUCCUGUCGGGUUGAGCUGGUCACGAAAGGCGCGCUCAACAUUCUCGUGGCUCUCGCGCCGCACCCGACGCUGCCCCCCAAGACGCUCCACGUCAUCGGGACGAUCCUUUGCCACUUAAGCAAAGAGCCGUCGAUCCGGCAUCGGCUGGUCGUGGAGGGGUUACUGUCCGUCGUGGCGGCGAUCGGGCAGGCCCAGGGCGUCGGAUCGACGCUGGUGCUGAUUGCGUCCGACGACAUCCGGCGAGUGUGUGCAACUGCGAUCCACAACUGCUCGUGCAGCGACGACACCCGCGUCAAGCUCGUUGAGCGGGACGGCGUGGCAGUUCUCACGGCGCUGUCGGCGGGCUGCGGAUCCCCCGACGUUCGGCGGAUGUGCACGUUGGCGCUGUGCAACUUUCUCAUGGUGAAACAAGCGGCGAUGGAAGUCGUGGGGUGCGGCGCCGUGACGUCGCUCUUGGACCUGGCCAUGCAACCGGACACCCCCCUCAACAGCCAACUGCUGUACGCGACGGCGUUCUACAACCUGUGCCACAACCCGAUCUCCCGAGACUCGAUCGGCACCACAGGGGGCGUCGCUGCCCUCGCCGCGCUCUGCACAGCCAACCUCCCGCCUCCGUCCCCGACGUCAUCCCUCGCGGUCGGCGUGCUCACGCUAUGUGCCGCGUCGCUGUGCUACCUCGCCGCCGAUGACAGCACGAGGCUGUACGUGGCGACCGCCGACGUCGUGCACGUCGUCACGCGCAUGUUGCAAACGUCCGCUUCGCAAGCCGCCGCGUGCGUCCCCAUCCAGCGCUUCGGUGUGGCCUGCCUCAGCAUGCUGUCUCAAGACCAACUGUGUGCCACGUGGAUCCUCGACGAAUGCGGCAUCGACGCCAUCCUCGCAGCCUGCGCCAACAGCCGCGACGUGGAGACCAAGGCAUGCUGUUGCGACCUCUUGGCGUCGCUGAGCUACCACACCCACUGUCGACAAAAACUGGUUAGCAUUGGUGUGCUUCCGUCGUUGACAAAGCUGGCCAAGCUGCGGGAUCCUGACAUCCAACGCCGCUGUGCCACGGCGAUUGGAAACCUCGCGAGCGAAGCGUCCGUGCACGACGCACUCCUUGCCGCCAACAUUGUGCACGUUCUGUCCAUUUUAAGCAAUUCGUACAGCGAGGAGAGUCAAAGCGAUUGUGCAAAGGCGCUGUGCAGCUUGUCGACAACCCCAGGCUUUGAAACCAAACUCGUGGCGGAAGGGGCUGUGGGCGUGCUGCUCAUGAUCUGCGCUGUACGCUCCGGGAGCUUGGCUACCAAAGAAACAUGUGCUCGCGCCUUGGGCAACCUCCUCACCUCGUCAACAAUGGACGCAAUGUUGCACGAAGGUCUGGCAAAGCUCCUUCCAUCCCUUGCCAAGGGGGGAGACGGCCCCGCCUCCCCCGUUCCAGCCACCAUCUUUGCCAAGCUCCUCCGACAUCCCCACGCGCGCCUCGCCAUCUGUUCCGAGUCCCAAGCGUUGCGUACCCUCUUUGCAUACAUGUCCCGAGACGGGCACGACGCCGCCACCAUCGACCUCCUCAGCUCCAUCGUGUGCGACCUUCUAGUGCAUGCCAACACGCGACACAAAGCAGUCGAAGAUGGUCUCGUCGCCGCCGUGGUGGACCUCGCCCGGCGAACCCAGUGGUCGAACGCUCGACUGGUGGCCGCGCUGCUGCUCCUCGCCGCCUCUGACGACACGCGCAUGGAUGCAGUCCAAGACGACAGCGUCCACAUGCUCCUUGCGUACCUCGAGCCAUCGUCUGGCCAUGACGUGGCGAGCCCUGUGACGUGGACGGUCGUCACGGCGCUAUGCCAUUUGGGGUGGCACGACGUCACCCGCAGUCACUUGCACGACCCCCGUGUCGUGGUCGCGCUGGUGACCCUCGUAUUGCCGCGCCUGCUCACCCUUCUCCAAGACCCCUCCGCCGCCUCAACCACCCCCGCCUCCACCGUCUUGGACGCGACGCUGCUCACGCUUGCGUCGCUGUCGUUCCGGCCAGACCACGCCAACACGAUGCUACAGCAUGGGAUCUGUCUGGCCCUUGUAGGAGUCGCCACGCUCCCGGCACUUCCCCCGCUGCACCGCCGUCUGGUGUGUCUCCUUCUGCGGCAAGUGAGUCACGCCGACUCGUUCCACGCCCUCCUCCACGUCCGCGACUCGAGGCAGCCCGUCCUCGCCCUCGUGUGCACACUGUGCUUGCAUCCGUCGUCCGGUUUCUUGGACGACGUCGCCGCGUUGGAUUGUGCGGAUGCGUUGUGCAGCAUUGCUGCCGCCGACGGUCUUGCCCCCAAGCUCGUGGUUGAGGAUUUCGUCGGGUCAAUCGACGCCCUGCUCCACCUGUCGCCGUCGCCCGACAUCCAGUGGCGCUGCACCGCGGCCCUGUACAUGUUGUCCAACGAGCCGUCGUGUCGAAAGGCCAUGGUAGACCUCCACUGUACCAAUACUCUCGUCCGCGUGGCGCGCUCCAGUGCCGCCAACCACCCCACGUUGCAAAUGUGCACUUUGACGUUGAUGCAUUUGUCUGUCGACGCUGGCAACGCCGCCGCCCAAAUGGUCGCAGAGGACGCCGUGUCGGCGUUGUUGCACCUGUCGACGUUCGACAGCGACGUGACGCGGGAUGCGUGCUCGCUGGCCCUUGCCAACCUCUCGCACGAGUCCCCGCCCGUGCCAUCGGGAUCUGUUUUGGCGCUAAUCCAUCUGAGCAUGCAUGGAAAGUCCACAACGUCGUCGAGUCCGACAAGUGGAGGAGGUGUGGCGCACCCUCCGCACAUCACGACCCCCCACCACGAGUCGAACGCGGCACCGCCAGUCUACACGUACGACGAGGUGGACUAUGCGACGAUGAUGGCAGCCAAGUACAUGGCUGACGUGGCGGACCGGCAGCCCCCGAUUCCCCACCUGCCCACGAUCACCGUCGAUCCGGAAAGCCUGCAUGCAUCUAUGGACAACCCAGGUGGCGGUAGCUCCAACGUGACCAGUUCCAGUGCCCACGACCACGACGAACUGUCGACGGCGCAGCAGCUCGUGUUUCAGAAGAUCGAGCCUACUGACCCCACCCAUCUUGGCGGCGGCGGGCUCGACGGUGGCGGCGCUGGUCUCUUGGACGACCUGCAGGAAGAGCACGAAGCCAACUGCGACGACAUGGCGUCACCCGCGUCCCCCGAGCCGAAGCACGGGGACGGGAACAGCGACGGGGUGGGCAGCCACGGACGCGCCGGCAGCUGCAGCAGCAGCACCACCUCCAGCCACGACAAGUCGUCGAGGCAGCUGCUCAAUCACAGGCGCACGACCAAGGGACUGCUCAAGAAACGAUCGAACAUCGCCAUGCUGGUGGUCAACGCGCCGGGCAGUUUUCGCGCGAAAAAGUCAUCCGACUCGGAAAUCUAUCGCCUGAAGAAGCGCCCGUCCAAAGUCGUCGGACUCAGCGCUACUAAUGUUCCAUGUAGUAGUAGUACUAGUAGUCUUAGUAGUAGUAGUACUAGCCAUGGUGGGCUAGCUCCGUCGUCGUCGUCCCGCGUCCACACAGCCGCCAAGAAAGGCGUGCAACCGCUGCCGCCAGAUGUCCAAGACGUUGUGCAGAACGCAGACGAUUUGCGACAGCAAGCGCGUAAAAUGGGCUUGUGGAGCUAACAACUGCUA